AUGCCAGCUGCUAUUAUUCCGGUGCCUGCAUGCGUUGUGCUCGUCCCAGAGCAGAACUCUAAGCCCUUUAUCAUCGAAACGGAGGAUUGGCGCAAUAAGGUUGCUGAGACACAACUCGAAAUCGACGAGACGAUUGCCACAGCUAAGCAGGCCCAGGAUGUGCACGGGGAUGAGAAGAGGCGUGCGCUAGCUGACGCGCACCUGAAGCUCGUGGAAACCACCCGCCAGUAUGCCCAUCAAAACCCUCAGAUCGCGUUUGGUAACCCCAACGCCGUUCCGUGGCCCCUGGGCAUGCCGCUCAUGACGGACGACGAGUACCGUGAGGCUGGGCGAUCCUAUCCCAAUGGCAUACCGGCGAUAGAAAAAGCGGCGGGAUACACGUACUGGCAGAGUGAGAGUUCUCACCCUCGCUCGGCCGUCACUUACCCGCACAUGACCCAGCAUACAGAUCAGGGCAUGCAUGUCUUCACUUGGACCCAUAUGAGUGAACCGGGGUACGACUACCUAGAAGCAUUCUUGAGUGACCCAGCGAAGUGCUGGUUCAACCCCCCGUGCUGCCAGCACAGGCAUGCAUAUGCCCUCCGGACAAACACUCCUUUGCAUUGGGCAGAUAGUUGCUGCUGUGCUCAUGAUCCGUCAAGAUGCUGCCCUUGUCUUACUCUGGAGAUGCAAAAUGCGGUGCCCGAGGCCGGGUUACCUUGGGGUAAUAUCCCUGAUGAAAGAAUAGGACAUGACUUCCGUGAUCAGCCUGUCGUGAUUUCUGGAAGAUUCCGGCCUGAUAACAGUGGGUACCUUACUUCUUCUAGCGGCCUUAUCGCGCAACCCGGUCUGGAGAAGCCGGGAGGCAUCGGUAACUGGCUUUUAGGCUCUGUCGCGGUGCCUCCUGCCAACUUGACUGGAUAUGGUUAUUACAAUCCGGGUGGAUCUGGCGAAUGGGGUCUGAUAAAACAAACUGGACAAGCUCUUUCUGUCCCUUUCAGAGGCUAUGCUCACGGUAUUUCUGGUCAAUACGGUCCCAUUCACUCCGGCUACAAUGGUCAAUACAUUCGUAAUGUUGGGCCAUCAAGCUACGUUGUGAGACCUCCAGGAAAAGAGGGUUCUAUCUUCCCAGGGUCAGCUCGAGUUCAAAACAGUUCUGUUCAAACUAGCAGUUCUCAUGGAAACAGACAGCAACCCCAGGCCUUUGUAGGUCAAUAUCGACCUCGACAUGGAGGUAACCAUAUAAACACGCCUUCCUCUGGCAGCUAUCAGCAUGGUCGACCUGGGUCCGGACCCGGACCUUCUAUAGUGGCGUCUCCUACUCGGCCACAGACUGAUCUAGGUAGCCCCCUGCCUCCAAUACAUGAUCUACGAGAACCUGUGGGGGUAGCAGAGCCACCUGUUCGGAGACGUCAAACUACACGUCAGGUUCCCGUGCCAGCUCCAGCUUUCACUUUCCCUGAGGUAACAACUGAGUUGAAUCUGACUGGGAAGGUUUCUGAUACCCCUCAGCUCUCGUCAACUGAGACUUCACUUUCCCCCUCUUCCAACAUUCCUCCCACGGCACUUGUUCCUGUGACUGAGACCACUCCUAUUGAAUCGAUCGAUUCACUAUUUGACAAUAGGGCCUUUGCGGUAUCAGUUGUUUCGAACCUUCUCCCGGCUCUUCCCACUCCACUUGACUGGUGCCGACGCACUGUGUCAUUCUUCUCGCCUCUUGACUCCAUUGAUGAACCGUCUCCUGAUCCCCUCGCUCGCCCGGGCUCUGCUCCCAUGAAUCUCGACGCAAACAGGAUCGAUCGCAUGAUUACGCAGACCAGUGAUUGGCUCAGGCAAGCCAGACUCGAGCAAUCUGAGUCUGAUCAGAUCUGGUUCGAGCAGGCCAAGUCUGAGAAGGCCAAACCGGAACACUUGUCUAUGCAGAGCCUUCGCACUGAUUCGACUUCACUUACACCGGACACCCCUCACGAGUUCUUUGACGCUAGACAGGAGCAGAACACAUCUCCUAUUCCAACCGAAAAGUCAGACAGACCUACUUCGCCAGGUAUCGCCACUGAACCGGUCACUGAACGAACCACUCCUCAAGGGUCUCCCAAGAGGAGCUGCCUGAAGAGCCCCGAGGCAAAAAUGGAAUCCCCUUCUCCCUCUGUUCACUUUGACAAAGGCUCUGGCGACUCCACUUGGAAGUACCCAUCGUCUGAGAAGAUGCAAGUCAUCAGGGACAGUUGCCUCCACAAAUCUCAGGGUGUCAGAAUUCUCCUCACGCCCGUAACAAAUCUCUCGGCCAAGCCCAGUGAGUGCAAGGCUCACAAAGAGAUACUCAUGGCCACCAGCCCGUUCCUUGCCGCAGCCUUGCAGGUCAUUAAGGAGGAUGGAGAUGGAAUAACUCGCAUCCACCUCCACGGUGGUCCCAGAUUCAACUGCCACACUGCUUUCGAUUUGGCUCUCGAUGGCCUGUACGACCCUAAGCGGAAGCUUUCGCACGAGAACAUUCGAUACCAUGCCAUAAAUGGUCUGGGCGGUGAACCCAGAAAAAAGGACAGCGAUAUGACCUUCUCAGUUCACCUGGCCAUGGUGGAUUUUGCUCUUUGCUAUGGUUCGGCUGGUGCUUUCUUCGGAUAUCAGCCGGCUGUCACGCGGGCGAUUGAGCUGAUCCUGGAUCUUCUUGACUGGGAAAGCGCAGAUUUCCUUCUUUCGUCGUGUCUUCUGGUCGGCGAAUACAUGCUGACUGUUCCUGCCCUUCACCCAGGCGCGGUCAAGCCCACUCCCGCCGUUGUGCGGGCCGGGCAAAUUGGUGAUCAGCACAUGUCCAACUUCCAUUUGAACGAAAUAGGUAUUGUCAAGAAGGCAUUGUUCAAGUUCAUGGCGUCGAACAUUAUGCCCGGUUUCAAACUCUACGAACGUGCCCAAGCCACUUACUACGCGACGCGCAUUCCGCGCCAGAUCUGGACCCUGCCUGGUUCAUACAUGGAUAACAUGAGCAUUGAGGCAGUCCGCUAUGGAGGCAACCUCUCUUUCGCAGAUCCUAGACCCAAACGUCUCGAUAUCACCAUCCUUUCCGCAAUGCUUAUCACUCUUCCAUUCUGUUUCUUCAUGAACCUCAUCGAUGAGAUGAAGAAGGCUCGGGCCCCCGCGCUGACCGUGGAACUGAUGAAGGAGGUUGUUGGCCUGCGUGAAGAACGCCGCACAUGGGCCUUGCAUAUCUUUGCCCAAAAGAGACUCCCAUCUGUUGUCAUCGACCAAGCCUAUCUUGAGGAACUUGCCUACCGUGAAUUUGUCCUCUUCGAACGAGCCGCAGACCAGUGCGUCAGCAAUGCCAUGGUCCAUCGCAUCUGGGUCGGGCUUGACCCUCCUGUCGCUCUCCCAUCACAUCCUUUGACUCUGGCCGAUCUUGAAGCUUCUUUUGAGCCGAACUCCUACGGCGAAGGCCCCAGCAAACGUGCCUCGCGCAACAAGAACAACAUGAACAACAUGAGCAAGGGAAAGAAGGGUAACGGUACUGCUGUCUCUGGCCCGACUACCCAGACAAUCACCGGAAAGAAAAGCACCAUCCAGACUCCCUCUGCUCCUGGCUCGAAAGUUGAGAUUCCACCAGCUCCCAACUUGAAUGUUCCGACUCCGCCUGUCCCCGGCACAAUCGCUCAAACUCCGAAUACCCCUGUUCCUGAUGGUGAACAACCCCAGACUCCAAGGAAGAAAAAGAAUAAGAAGAACCGAAAGAAGAAGUCAAACGCCACGCAGCAGUGA